UCCUUUUCACUUUCACAACUUAUGGCCGAAGAAGACGAUUCACCCUUUUUAGAUUAUCACGAUAUACGUGCUAUUCAUGAUCAAGAUAGUAAGUAUCUCGGUCACCUUGCUACUUCUCCGCCUCAAUUCGAAGAAGAAGAGGAACUUUUGGCUCGAUUACCCGUCAUACCUUUAACCUCUUCUGUUAUUGACGCACCCUCUGAUACCAAACCCACAGACGACGCCAUUACUGCAGAAUUACGUGAAUUAUACAAGACAUUUCAAACAUGUCUGGACUUGAGAAAUAAAUACAUGUUGCAAUCAAGACAACGUUUCGAAGACGACCCCAAGAAUAAACCCGACUGGGAAAUUUAUCCACCCCCUCCUCCUCCUUCUUGGCCUUUACCGCCACCGGAACAAUUAGAAAAAGAAAAGCAAAAGGAAAAAGCAAGAGAAGCAGAUCCUAUUGCUGCCAUCGGCAUUGAUUUUGAUAUAAAUCAUGUCAAGCUACCCGAGAGUCAUCCAUAUACAUUUGGUGUAGGUGCAGAUGGUUUUUAUCAAGUUUAUGAUGGUGACACAAACCUGUACAAAGUCCCAUCAUCGCAACAAUUCUACAAGGAUCUGGAUUAUGUCUUGACUGCCAUUAGCGACGGACCUGCCAAAAGUUUUGCUUUCCGCAGACUAAGAUACCUCGAUUCGAAAUGGCAAAUGUACAUUUUAUUAAACGAGUUUCAAGAACUUGCGGAUUCCAAGCGCGUCCCCCAUCGUGAUUUUUACAAUGUUCGAAAAGUCGAUACUCACGUGCACCACUCCAGUUGUAUGAACCAAAAACACUUGCUUCGUUUCAUCAAGUCCAAAAUGAAGAAAUCGCCCGAGGAUGAAGUUAUUUAUCGUGAUGGAGAGCAUUUAACCUUGAAGGGUGUAUUCGAAAGUUUGGGUUUAACCGCUUACGAUCUUUCCAUCGAUACGUUGGAUAUGCAUGCACACCAAGAUUCGUUUCAUCGCUUUGAUAAGUUCAAUUUGAAAUAUAAUCCGAUCGGUGAGAGUAGAUUGAGAGAAAUCUUUAUGAAGACAGAUAAUUAUAUUCAUGGAAGGUAUCUGGCUGAAAUCACAAAGGAGGUUGUGUCCGACUUGGAAUCAUCCAAGUAUCAAAUGGCAGAGUACCGUGUCUCUGUCUACGGAAGAUCAUUGGGUGAAUGGGAUAAAUUAGCCAAAUGGGUUGUCAAUAAUAAACUGUUCUCUCCUAAUGUACGCUGGUUAGUGCAAGUACCUAGACUUUACAACAUUUAUAAAUCCUCAGGUCAUGUUGAUAAUUUUGGUGAUAUCAUCAAAAAUCUAUUCCAACCACUCUUCCAAGUCACACAAGAUCCUAAAUCACAUCCUGAGCUCUACGUAUUCCUUCAGCGCGUGAUUGGAUUUGAUUCGGUCGAUGAUGAGUCCAAAACAGAGCGAGCCAAUUACCAAAACUUGCCACUUCCCAAAGACUGGGACAAUGUCAACAACCCACCUUAUAGCUAUUACCUCUAUUACCUCUACUCCAACCUGGCUUCACUCAACCAUUGGCGUCAGGCACGUGGCUUCAACACAUUUGUCUUGCGUCCGCAUUGUGGUGAAGCAGGCGAUACAGAUCAUUUAGCAGCUGCCUUUCUAACUUCACACGGUAUAUCGCAUGGUAUUUUGCUACGUAAAGUACCUGCCCUUCAAUAUCUGUACUAUCUAGCACAAGUAGGCAUCGCCAUGUCUCCUUUAUCCAACAAUGCCUUGUUCUUGACAUACGAACGUAACCCAUUGCCUUUAUUCUUUCAACGAGGCCUAAAUAUCUCCAUCUCCACUGAUGAUCCUUUACAAUUUCAUUUUACAAAGGAACCCUUGAUCGAAGAGUAUAGUGUAGCAGCUCAAAUCUGGAAAUUGUCCUCCACCGAUAUGUGUGAGCUGGCAAGAAAUUCAGUAUUGCAAUGUGGAUGGGAGGAUAAAAUCAAACAGCGAUGGAUCGGAAAAAACUAUCAAAAAUCCGGUGUAGAAGGAAACGAUAUGAGUAAGACAAAUGUGCCGAAUAUCCGUGUGGAUUAUCGAUAUGAAACCUUGUUGGAAGAGUUGAACGCCUUGAGAAAGUAUGCACCUACAGAACAGGGUGCUUUAAAGCACAUGACAAAAAGAGAUAUGGUGGGUGUGGCAGGGUUGACACAUGGACCUCAAUUACAGCAGGAUAUGCAUUGGCAAAACUUUCCAGGUGUGUCAAAAGUCGCUGAACGAGCUAGAAGGAAAAGCUCUGUAGGAAAACAUUAAAAACUUGGUGUGAUACGUAUCCCCCCUUUUCAAUAAUAACAAAUAAAGCCUUGCAUUCACUAGUUGAUCAAGUUGACAGAUCCCUUAGUCUUAUAAAGAAAGAAAAAGUAUUAUUCAUGUGUUGCUUGCAGCUAAAGUUGAAUAUAUGUGUACACUUAAAGCUCUGCGGAACACAUUGUAUUUCCUUUUACAAGAGGCUGAAUUGCUG